GAUUCCCGUAUUGAAUUAAUAAAAAAAAUAAAAUUCAAGAUCUUGUUCCAAAAUUUAAAAUAAUCAUUGUUUUUAAAGAACCUAAAAUUACAAUAUAGCAUAGUAAUUAAGGAGGUGUGUUUGGCAAUUUGAAAAUUCCUUUAUCGGGCCCAAUUCAGGCGACCAAAAUUCCCCCAAUUUCCCUCUUUAUCUUCUUCUUCUUCUUCUUCUUCUGGCUUUGUACUUCUCCGUUCUGAGUGAUGCUUCCAGGUCUUUGUAACCAACGCACCCACACUCACCACUCCCAAUCUCUCUCUCGUCUUCUGAAAAGAAACCACGCUCACUUCCGGCCAGGAGAUACCAAAACGAUGCCGUCGCGGUCUCUACCGCGGUCGAAACUAUCAACCAAGCUCCUCAACAUAAGCAUAUCCUCGCUGUGCAAAGCGAAGCAAAUAUCCAAAGCCGAAUCCGUAAUAACCGACGGCAUAAGAAUCGGCGUGCUCCCUGACGCGGUCACAUACAACACCCUAAUUGAUGCCUACUGUCGUUUCGCCUCAUUCGAUGUCGCUUACUCCGUCCUUGCGCGAAUGCGCGAAGCAGGGAUUCCCCCCGACGUCGUUUCGUACAAUUCGUUAAUGUCCGGCGCCGUCAGGCAGUGUAUGCUCUUCGAGUCCCUCGACCUGUUCGAAGAAAUGCAGGCGCGUGGCGUAACCCCCGACGCGUGGAGCCACAACAUCCAAAUGCACUGUCUGUUCAAGCUCGGAAAGCCCUACGAGGCCUAUCGCGUUUUCAAAAAAGCCGUUCUCUGCGGCGAGGUUCACGCCACCACUUACAACGUCAUGAUUAACGGUCUCUGCAAGAACGGUUACGUCUCCCACGCAUUGAGCCUAUUCAGGAACUUACAGAGGCACGGUUUCUUGCCUCAGGUUUUGACCUACAACGCGCUUAUCGACGGGCUCUACAAGGCCAAGCGGUGGAAGGACGCGCAGAUGGUGCUCAAGGAGUUUGGGGAGUCCGGUUACGAACCGAACGCGAUUACCUACACCACCGUCAUGAAGUGGAGCUUCCGGCGCGGUUUUUUCGAGCAAGGGUUAGAGAUUUUGUUGGAGAUGAGGAAUUUAGGGUUCACGUUUGACGGAUUCGCAUACUGCACGGUGAUUGCGGCGAUGAUCAAGACUGGCCGGGUGCGCGAGGCGGAGGAGAUAAUUGAUAUCAUGGUGAGUACCGGCAUCCGGCCAGAUCUCGUGUCAUAUAACACUUUGAUUAACCUUUAUUGCAGGCAGGGGAGGGUGGAUGAUGCAUUGAAGUUGUUGGAUGAGAUUGAGGAGGAGGGGUUGGAGUGUGAUCAAUACACGCAUACUAUUAUUGUUGAUGGACUUUGUAAAGCUGGUAAAUUUGAUGGUGCUCAGAGGCAUUUGUAUUAUAUGAAUACAUUAGGGUUUGGAUAUAAUUUGGUUGCGUAUAAUUGUAUGAUUGAUGGCUUGGGGAAGGCUGGGCAUAUCGAUCAUGCUGUGAAGUUGUUUGAGGAGAUGGAGGUAAAGGAUGCGUUUACUUAUACUAUAUUGGUGCACAAUCUUUGCAGGGCGAGGAGGUUCCUUUGUGCCUCGAAGGUGCUGGUUUCGUGUUUGAAAGGUGGAUACCAGGUGUUGAGGGCCACUCAGCGGGCGGUUCUUGAUGGCCUCCGCGAUAUUGGGUUUACUAAUGAAGCGAGGAAGCUUCGGUCGAGGAUCAGAUUGGCACGGCUUAUGUCUUGAUUGUGUGUGGUGAUUAUUUUGGAGGGACCUAUGUUGGAGUGAAGUCAGGCAACAAAAGAACGGUACUUUGACAUGUGGGUCGCACAUUUAGUAGUAUAUUGUCGCAAAGAUUAUGACAGUAUAUUGUUGCAAAGAUUAUGACUGUAUACAGUGACAAAACAGGUGGCUAGUAUAAUCUUUCAAAUCCAACACAGGUUAUUCCUGAGUUAAAAAAAUCGGAACCACACUUUAAACAAAUGGUGGGUCAAAAUGAAGCAGAAACGAGAUGAGGUGUUUGGUGGCGUUAAAGUGAAAGUAGAGAUAGUGAGAUAUCAGAACCAUUAUUGAGGCCUCAGUUCCUGUGUUUGAUUGAAGGUUGUGCAUGCCACCAAGAUUGUCCAAAGGAGCUCCAACAAAAACCCUCACCUUCUGCUUGCAAACUGACCAAUGGCUGAUCGGGAAGUGUCCUGCACAGUGUACUGGUGUGGUGUUGAGCGUAGUAACGGGGUUGCUUGGUGCUUGUAAUCCUAUGACUGGAGCUAGGAUCAUUGCUUUGGUUGGUGGUCCCUGCACUGAAGGACCUGGUUUGGUAAAUGAAUUUAUGUUCUGCGCUAUACUGCUUUCAAACGAGGACGAAGGAAUUUGUGUUUUUGUGAGGGAUUAUGAAGUGUGCUCAUUUUCAUCUUCUCCUGUUUGAUUGACGUUAUUGUUUUGAAAUUUGAAUCUAUAGGUUGGAGUAGUAGAAAUCAAAGUUGCAGUUGAAAAAACUGGUGGCCUUGUUGUCCUGUUUGAAAUUUUUGGUCAUUCGGUCUUCAAGGUCUCUUUUAAGCGUGUUUUUGAGGAUGGGGAGUAAUCUCUUGGUCUUUGUUUCAAGUUAUUCCUGAACUAAAAAAAUCGGAACCACACUUUAAACAAAUGGUGGGUCAAAAUGAAGAAGAAACGAGACGAGGUGUUUGGUGGCGUUAAAGUGAAAGUAGAGAUAGUGUGAUAUCAGAACCAUUAUUGAGGCCUCAGUUCCUGUGUUUGAUUGAAGGUUGUGCAUGCCACCAAGGAAAUCGAUCUGAUAUUGGAUGGAAACAUGGGUUUGAUAUUAACGGUAAUGAAAGAAAAGUGAAGAGUAACUAUUGUUCAAAGAUUGUGAGUGGAGGUAUAUUUAGAUUUAAACACCAUCUUGCUGGAACAAGGGAGGAUUCUGAGCCUUGUGCUUCUGUUUCGGAUGAAAUAAAAAAAUUGAUGAUAAAAAUAGUUGCAGAAGCUAAGAAUGCAUCAUCAAAGAAAAGAAAGAUAAAUAUCGGUGAAGACGAGGAAGAAAAUGAAAGUCUUGAAGAAGGACACAAGGUAUUUGGUUUUAAAGGAAAACAAAAAGUUGCUACUACUAACAAAGGGGGAGUCCAAGCAACUAUAAAUCAAAUGAUGAAAAAAGGAUACAAAGAAGAAGUUGAUGCUCAAGUGACUGAAUUCUUUUACACCAGUGCCAUUCCUUUUAAUGUAAUUAAAAAUCCAGAAUUUGCAAAGAUGUGUGAAAUGAUUGGUAAGUAUGGAGUUGGAUACAAACCACCAUCUUAUCAUGACAUUAGAGAAAAGUUGUUGAAACAAGCUGUGAAUAAAACAAAUGAAAUGCUUGAGGAUUAUAAGGAGGAGUGGAAGAGAACUGGAUGUACAAUUAUGUCUGAUGGUUGGACAGAUAGAAAACGACGUUCUAUUUGCAACUUCUCGGUGAAUAGUCCUAAAGGGACGGUUUUUCUUUAUUCACUUGACACUUCAGACAUAUCAAAAACAGCUGAUAAAGUUUUCAAAAUGUUAGAUGAUGUUGUUGAGUUUGUUGGAGAAGAAAAUGUUGUUCAACUUGUUAUUGAUAAUGCUGCAAAUUUCAAGGCAGCUGGAGAAUUGUUGAUGCAAAAGAGGAAAAGAUUGUAUUGGACUCCAUGCGCAGCACAUUGCAUUGAUUUGAUAUUUGAAGAUUUUGAAAAAAAAAUUAAAGGUCCAUGAAUUGACAAAGAAAGGAAGAAAGAUUACCACUUACAUUUACGGAAGAUCGAUGUUGAUUUCCUUGUUGAAAAAGUUCACUAAAGGUAGAGACUUGAUAAGACCGAGUGUGACUAGAUUUGCCACAGCUUAUUUAACUCUUGCUUGUCUUCAUGAAUUGAAGGCAUCAUUGUUGACCAUGUUUAGCUCUGAAGAGUGGAAGACAAGCAAGUUUGGAACUUCACAAGAGGGCAGAGAAGUAGAAUAUAUGGCCUUAGAUAGCCGGUUCGGGAAGAAUGUCUCCACAUGCCUGAAAACCGCUGCCCCUCUUAUGGUGGUCUUAAGAUUAGUAGACUCAGAUGUAAAACCCGCAAGCAAUGGGUUUCAUUUAUGAAGAGAUGGAUUGUGCAAAAGAGAAGAUUAAGUCUAACUUUAACAAUAUUAAAAAGAGUUAUGAAGAGGUUUGGAGAAUAAUUGAUGCUCGAUGGGAUAAUCAACUUCAUAGGCCUUUACAUGCAGCUGAUUUUCUGAACCCCCAUUUCCACUAUGAACCUAACUUUAGAUCUGAUGAUGGUGGAGAGGUGAAAGAAGAAUUGUAUUUUUGCAUGAGAAGAUUGAUACUAGAUAUGGCAAAAAGAAGAAAAAUUAAUUUACAAAUUGUUGAAUUCCAUAAUGCUAGAGGACUUUUUGGAAUGGAAGAUGCAAAGGAGUGUAGGAAAGAGUUAAAUCCUGGGGAAUGGUGGGACAUGUUUGGUGAUGGAACUUCGGAGUUGAAGAGAUUUGCUAUUCGAAUUCUAAGCUUGACUUGUAGAUGUGAGCGUAAUUGGAGCUCAUUUGAAAUGGUUCAUACAAAGAGAAGGAAUUGUUUGCAUAAAAAAAAGAUGAAUGAUUUAGUUUAUGUGAUGUAUAACUCCAAGCUGAAAAGUAGACAAAUUCGAAAAACUAUAGCUCUUCCAUUUGAUGACAUUGGAUCAGAUGAUGAAUGGAUAGCUGAAGAGGUAGAUGAUGUUGUUGAGAUUGAUCAAGUUGAAGGUGAAAAUGAUGGUGAAAAUGUUCACUUAGAUGGACCAACAACAGAUCCUGUUCUAGAUGCUCUUGAUCUUGAUAACAUAAUAUUUGGGAACAAUGAGGAUGCACAACAUUCAUCAGAGGAAGAGUUAGAUGAGGAUGAUGAUGGAGAUGAUGAUGUCAUUAUUAGAGGAUUAGAGGAUUAGGCAUACAGAAUUUGACAUUUCAAUUUAUGUUUUACAUUAUAUUUUUAGGAACAAUAUUUCUAUGAACUUAUGCAUUUCAAUUUAUAUUUUUGUGAUCUUAUUUGAAUUAGGAUGUUAUUUAUAUUUUUUUUCAUGCAAAGUAAACUCUUACGAGUUUACUAGACUCUCACGAGUUUACGUAAACUCUCGAGUUUGACAACCUUGUUUCUAAGUAUAACAAGAUUUAAUUUCUAUUA